AUGUGUCCGGAUAUCAACUCUCUCCCUCCCUCUCGACCCUCCUCUCGACCCUCCUCCACCUCCCCGCAACAGUCGCGGAAUCGUCCUUCUUCGUCCAACACGUCGCAACCUGCCUCAUCCAGCGUUGCUCCCAGGACACCAGCGAACAUGAAUGGCUCCAGCAACCAGUCCCAUAUGAAUCGGAGAGGAAACCCUCGCGGUCCUCGUCGAUACUCUGCGACUCCGUGGGAGAUCGUCGACAUCGAACGUCGUCGAUCUGGGGGAGGCGAUGGGGAGCACAUCGACGAUUCUGUGCCGACCUCUGACAACCAUCGCCAUGUAUUUCGCACAUCCAGCCCGUCGAGUCUCGGAGGCAGCCCCAUCAUCACCACUGGCGAUCCCCAUCACCAACGGGCCCCGUCGUUGGGCGAGUUGCAUCAGGAGCUCGAAAACGAACAAGAAGCGCAAGUGAACCGGCUCUUGCAGAUGAUUCGUAGUCAACAAACCCAGCUCCAGCAACUCCAGCAGCAGCAACACAACACUCACGGCACCGUCGUCGAUGACUCCGCACCAUCGGAUCGCUCUUCAUCCAUUCCGCCUGUUCCUCCGCUCCCUCCCCUUUCAGGCACAAGCAAUCGAUCGUCCCUGUCUCACCGCCGUCCGUCCCGUCCGUCGAGUCAAACGGCUUCCCCCCCAAGUCUCCGACCCCUAGCCGAUCAUCCACGGGGCCCGGAGACGCUGGAGUGGGUCACAGGGACUAGUCCAAGUCAGACUCGCCGGAGCAGCAGGGAUGAGACUGCGUUCUACCAAGCCGAGGCAGCUAUGCUAGGCAGAGAGAACCAGAUCCUGCGCCAACGCAUCCGUGAACUAGAACGCCAGGUGAGCGAGUUGACAGUAUCCGCAGCUGAACGGUCGGCCACGCCACCUGCCGCUGAAGGGGCUGCAACCACCGAUCCCCACGCGACAGUCGGUGCAGGAUCGGCUGGUGAGUUCACGGACAAACCCUGA